UUUACAAUCAAAUUUACAAUCAAAUUUUCAACCAAAUUUUUCAAUUUGAAUUUUCUCAAAUAUUACUAAAAUCUAAAAUGUCUUACCAAAUGUGUGCAAAUUUCAUCAAUACUCCUUUAAAUACUAUUCCUCUUGACAAAUGUUUUCCAUACCAUCUUCAAUCUGCUGAACCAUUUACCUCUCAGUAUUUAUCAAUAUUCAUUACUUACUUAUACAUUCUUUUUAUAUUUUUAUUCAUAUAUACAAAUCUUCUCACCAAUACACUCAUUUUAUUCUCAAUAUUGAUAAAAACCAUAAUUAAUACUUUCUUUUUCCUUUCCUUAAAUCUCUCUCUCUCAAAUCUCUCUCUUCUCCUCCAACAAUUUCAUCCAUCAAAUCUUCUAUCAAAUCUCUCUCCUUUUAAACAUUUUCUUAUUUCAAAUCUUUUAUUAUUAUCACAAUAUUCUCUUGCUAUGUCAAUUAUUCUUUUAUUUCUUGAUUCUCUUCUUUAUUUUCUUGAUUUUCUUUAUGAGUUAACUCAUUCUAUAAUAUUAUUUCUUUUAUCUUCACUUUCUUUUUACAAACAUAAAAUUGAUUUGAUAGUUGAUUUAAAAAAUACCCUUGAAAAUUCCCAAUAAAUUAGACAUUAUUUAAUUAAAUAAUUUUAUAUUACGUAGCUAGGUCCAUGGCUUACCAAAUAUAGCAUGGAGACGUAAUCUUUACCCUUUGGUCAACUCGGGAAUACUUGGCCAUUCUUAGAUAGAUAAUUUUUACAAGGGGAUCGUUU